AUGGCAGACCAGGAGGAUCAGGCAGCGAAAGCUGCUCAUGCCAAGGCAGCCAUGCAAGCUAUGAUGGAUGAUCUUGGCCUUGAACGGAUCGAAGAACUCGCCAAAGAUGACGGUAGAGGACCUAGACGGCGCCAUAAUGACUUUGAGAGACGACCCUUCCACCCACCGCCUCAGACUGUUCACAAGAAGGGUGGACCUAUCGAACCUGCGGCCCUGAUGUACCAAAAUGCUGUCAAGAUGGGAAUUUUCAACGACGAUGACGCAAAAGGAGUUGAGGGUUUGGACACCUUGAAUGACGGACAAUCCCACCGCCGGAAGAACGAGCCCAUCCCGUACGCCAUUUCCAGCCGGCAUAACCCAUCCCAGCAGGCGGCUCCCAAUGGAAAGACGCACCACCUGGUCAAUACAAUCGACAAUCUCCUGCACAAGAAUCCUAAAUAUGACCCACUACAUCCCAGCUACCGGAGAGAUAACAACACUUCCAAGCGGCCUACCCAGCCCCUUCCACAAGGCUCUCGCAUAGGAAGUCUGGGUGGAUUGUUGCCGCCCGGAGGAGAAAUCAAGAGAUGGGAACCUCAUGCCAAACAGCCCAAUGGCAACGUAGCCAAUGCCGAAAUGCCAGGUGCUGGACGCGGCCGCGGCGCCCCUGCCCAGCGUCCCUUGCACCAGGCAUUGCCAGUCCACCUGGAGGCUGGACGCGGUUGUGGCGCACCCAGAGCCCGUGGUCCCGACAUUUCUGUUGUCAUGCCCGCAAGAGCCGUGUCGUCAGUACAGCAGACUUUGGCGCCUCCUGCCCAAACCACACAGAGGGCCGCAUCAAGUACUGUGGGAACUUCUUCGUUUUUACCACCACAUCUUCGGCCAAAGGCAACAACAGCUUCGGAGCAACCACGAGCACCUGCGCCCGUCCUUCGCAAUCAGCCCAUCGUGCAGAACGUGGACAUUGGCCAGGCAACUCAACAGAAAAUCCUCCCCCCUCACUUGCGGCCACCUCCCUCGAAGAAGGACAAUGCAUCGGCAUCGAGCACGACGCCUGGUAGCCGACUCACCCAAAAAAUUAGCCCGCUACCGGCUAGCCAGACCUUCCUCGGAAUGGAGGUCAUCAUCCUGCAACAGGUUGGCGCCGACAACGCCAAAGUGCCAGGCCGUGUCGCAAUAUACGAGCUAGCGGAAAAGCCAUUUUGCCUCUGGGAGUUGGUGGUUGACGAGAAGAAGGUAACGCGAGCCGAUAUUCGCGAGCUCCUGGCUCCCUUCGUCAGUGGAAGUACCGUCUACGUACGUCGACAGAACAAAGCAGAACCCAAGGGGCAAGUCCGCUCAAGUCAAUUGAGAUUUGAAAACAUACCCACGGCCCUUUAUUUCGAGCAAGAAUUGAAGUUGCGCCAGAAACAGUAUUCUCAAUCAGCCGAGCCAAUCCUAUCAGAGACUAGCGAAGCUGCAACUCAGCUUGAAGGCACCAAUGUCGCGGACGUGGCAAAGCCGCCGGCCCCUGCCGUUGCUUCCCCAGUACCGCGACAAGAGGAUGUCCCGUCCAAGACAGGUACCUUGAUCGACUUCUCUGCGGAACAACCUGAGAGACCGUCGUCUCGUUCCGAUGAGCUGGUCGGAUUGAAUUACAGUGUCGAGAAAGCUACCACCGCCGAUCCCUCCAUUGAUGCAGCUAUUGGGCAGCGGGAUCAUGAAGAGGAACCGGAGGAACAAGUUGAGGAGCUGGAAGAGGGUGAAAUCCUCGACUCCGUUUCUGAAGGUGUAGAGCCUGAAGCGCGGCCAUUGUCUCAGGACGAGGAUACCAAAGCGACCAAAGCGGCACUCCUCGACCUGAAGGCCACCGAAGAGGUGCCCCUUGGGGAAAAUCUUUCCCAAGCUUCACUACGCAUUCUGUCCCACAUUACCGACGCGGAAUACAACGACAUGUGGCAGACUUCCGCGAACUUGUUCAACAUGCUUGGAUCGGUAGACACGUUAUCGGUGGAUAUGCCGCUGGAGAAGUUUGUGGCUCUGCAGACCGCAUGUCUGUGUCUUAUGCGAGACGAUGAGUUCAUGAACCUCUCGCGAGAUGACCACAAGGAGCAGAGGAAGAUACUGGCAGUUGUAUACACUAACGUUCUCCAUGCGACCUCUCGAAUAACUCGAUCAGCGGGGGACAUCCUAGACUUGCGAGAUACGGCGAGGUCAUGUCCGGCUGAAGUCCAUGAGGUUAACAAGCUCACGAAAGAUUGGUUCCAGAAGCAUCCCAGGCCCAAGUCGAGUUCCAUUCCAGCAGCACCGUAUAAUUCCGAUAUCUUCGCCAAGAACGCGGCAGAAACUGAGAAGUUCCUCUAUGCAAAUGGACAGCGGGCCGAACCGAAGCCCCCUUCGCAACAAACCGCACCCGCAUAUGAGCUGUCUGCUGCUUUGAAGGAUGGUAUCCCAAAGCCUGGUUCGAGUCCUGCUCAAGCGUCGACCCAUUCGGCAGAUGUAGGGAACCAAAAGCAGCCUGCUCGGGGCCUGCCCGCCGCGAACCUGAACUACGUGAAGAGGUCCCAGCAGGUGUCCAAGACACUUCCUCUUCCUCUUGCGGACAAGACCAACAGCCUUACGAAACCCACCGAGACAGGUGAGAGCUCGAGGACAGGUAAUCGUCAGCUAGCCCCAGAGGAGGAAAAACCUACUCGUCGAGGCCUUACCCCAGCAGCCCUAAAUCUACCUCCUCACCUUCGGGGGGUUUCCAGUGGGCGAACAGUCUCUGAGAAGGCCCAGACUCCGAACAAGGACAUGGGACUUUCUGCUCCCAUUGCCUCUCGUCAAUCACCCUCACCGGAUUUGCCGGCAGCUUAUGUCACAAGCAACUCUCCGGCAAUUGAGCAGGCAGGAUCAAUGGUCCCCCGAUCUGUACCGCAGCAGCCAGGGAAAAGUUCAGCGAAUGAAUGGACCACUGUGAAGUCUAAGAAGGGUCUGUCAUCUUCUCGCUGGGCUGAUUCCGCUCUGGGUAGCUCGACGUUCUCGUCUUCCGGUGCAAACCGCAACAUCGAGUCCGGAGGUGGCCCCAACUUCUUCGGAAACUCCUUCGGCUUGGAUGGUGCGCAGGACGAACCAAGUCAAACAGCAUCCUGGGAGGCGACUCACAACCGCUCAGACACGGUUGACACCAAUCAUUCAUCUCAAAGCGAAAUGUCGCUUUUGGCGAAAACCUUGGGCUCGUUCCACGUAAAUGGCCGUCGAGGCAGCUGA